CUGAAGAAGAGCGUCACGAAUAUUCACAUUGAAACCUGAUUCCGAUCGUGCCGUGUUGAUCGGUGCUGUCGUCUGCGAGACACUGUACGUGUGUCGUCUGCUUUCACUGAUUUUGGGUGUCUGCUACGUUGGCUGCGUGACUACUGCAUUUUCCUCUAAUCCUGCAACUCGCUCAAAGGACUGCAAGUCACGAAGCUUUAUUUGAAAUGAAAAUAAUCUUGAGACUAAGCGCAUGUGAAGCUCCCUCAGCAGUUUGAAUGACUCGACUCAGCUUGGAUCGUGGACGAAGGCGAUAGCAAACGCGGUGCUGGUGCGUUCGCAGAAGACAUUCGUGCCGGGUGCUGCGUGUGUGUGGAUUGUCUUGGUGUUGCUCGGUGCCGUGUGUGGAGGUUGACGUUUCUAUUACGUGUGGAUUGCAAAGGCUGUGGAUGAGGUAUGUCUUGCUCGAUCUGGUGGAAGAGACUCGCCUGGAGGAGACCCAUAGCGCCUGGGGUGUACUGCAGGGAGUGCCCCGGCGGCAGGAUGCUGCCCCCGGGCCAUCGGGCCAAUGAAGGCCCUGGCGGAUUUCACGACCCUGUGGAACCUAAGAACGCAUGGGAACUACGCUUUGCGUACAAGACCAAUCCUCGCCCUCCGUACCUGACGGCGACCGAUUACGUCUUCUACUUGAAGCGCCAAUCGCGGAAGGGCCGCGGUGAACGGACGUCACCAGUGAGUCACGAAGACGCCAUGGUGGAACUCACAAACUUCACCGAACUCAUGAGGCGGCUCAAGGAAGACCUCAGAUCAUCGUACAGCAGUUUCGUGGAAGAAUUCGUGAGCGAACCCAACGAUGGAGUGACGCUGUUGCUGGACCUGCUCAAGUCUUACCGGAAGUCCAGUCAAGAUGGCUGUGCCACCCUCCGACCAAGUCACCAACAGCAACUCAAGAAGAAAAUAGCGGAGGAGCAAGACUGCCUGCAGUGUCUCUUGUAUUCUUUGCGUUGUCAGAAGUCCCUGCCGAAAAUCAUCAACCACAGCACAGGACUAUGUACCAUAGCGUCCAGCAUCAUGUCAUCAUGUACCAAGUCCCGAAAGCUGGCCCUGGAGCUCUUGGCGAAGACGUGCGACGAGCAUCCUGCAGGCCACUCCAAAGUCAUCGAAGCCAUGUCUUCAGUGCGCCUCAUCUACGGGGAACCUGUACGCUUCAAAUUCCUGGUUUCUAUGCUUCAGAGCGGAGGAAAAAUGAUACCAGGAUUCGAGUGGGCUGCUAUGUACUUCUUCAACGUCCUCUUGUCGAACAGCAAGGGACCUUCUGAGCGGAUAAGGCUGCAGAGUGAACUUGAAGAGGCUGGAUUCGAUAUCAGCAUUCUGGAAAAGAACCUUCGAGAAAAGAGCGUUCCGUCGACCGACAGCGUGUGGGACGAAAUCACUCGGUGGAAGCGGACAUACUUGGACGUCGGCACGGCCAUAAACGAGCAGAAACGCGUCGGAAACGAAAACGGGAAGCUCAAGACAGAGGUGGAGCUGUUGCGGCGAGCGCUGAAGAAGAUGGAAGAGGACAAAAUUAACCUCAUGCAGAUCGAACGCGACCUCAAAGAAAAGUGCGAGGACCUGCAACAAGAAGUACUGUCCCUCAAGAAGGUCAUUGAAGAACCCAAGUCGUCGUCGAAGACCUCUGACGCAGAAGACAGCGACCAGAGCGACGCACAGGCAACAGAUUCAGGACGUUCUAGUUUUCUAGAGUACUCCACCGAAAUCGAACAGCCCACCUCCGACGAGGUCAUCAUCGACAUCCCAACGAUACGGCCUCCCGCCGGAUUCCAGUCGGACUUCGACGAAAUGCUCGUGGACGAACCGCGCGGGCCACUCCAGAUCUCGCCCGCAGUCGCUCCGCAAGCCUGUCACCUCACCAGCACCCCAACCGUACCUUACACCGGCUUCUCUCCUCGGACGGACGACAUCGAGUGGAACUACCCGGCCCUACCAGAGAUGAAGGUCAUCCGAAAGAGCAGCAGGGCCGACGAGAAACCUCGGGUCAUUGGAGUCCACCGUUUCGACUCGGCGGCUCGCAGAAGAAGCAAGUCUGAGGACAGAAGAAGACUAAACAAUUCCUCAACGUACCUAAACAAUUCUCCCAUUAACCUGAACGGCUCUACGCUAAACCUCAACAGUUCUUCGCUGCUCAACAACACCUCAAUGCACGUCACCAGUCAGCAGGAAUCAACUCACGAGAUCAUCAGCAACGGUAUCUUGCAGGACCGCAACGGUUCAUCUACGGAGUGUUCCCCGCCGCUGAAGUUCGAAGAUACGUCCGGGUUUAUUUUGAGAAAGCCGUGUGCGUCUAUAAACAACAACAACAACACUGCCAAGAAGACAGUAACGUCAACGAUGCCACGCAAUGUACACCGGGUGAGCAAUUCCAUUGACAAUGAUGACAGCGAUGAUUGGGAAGUUCCUGAGGACCACCAGCAGAGGUCUCUGAAUUCGUCGUUCCCAAUGGCGUUUUCGUACAAGACCAACUUUAUUUUGAAAGGACACGGGAACUGCGGGAUGUACUCCAACAAGAAGAAAGCUGAACGCAGUGCUGAAUCACCCCCGGCUGAUUCGGUUAGUGCUGAAGUUCACCGCGAAAUCACGGAUGCUGUGCGACAGAUCAGUGGCUGGCUCUAGUUACAAACGUUCCCGGUGUGGUGACGUGUUCUUUAUUAUUAUUGUUCUUGCCGAGUAUACAUUUGAUCCGACUUAGCAUCGACAUCACCACUUCGCAUGGCUCGGCGACUUAAUGCAGAUUGUGGUACGUGUCUGUUUACACCGACGUUCUUCCGUUUUCUGAAUGGGUGAUGUCAUCGGACAAAGCGACCCACAGGGUACGUGUGUACGUUGUUCGAACGUGAACUUGCCACUGCAGCGUCACUCGUGGCUGCUGGUAGAAGCGCCGGUAUGCUUCUCAACGCAUGCGCGGUCGCGGACACCUGUGGACACCUCUCGCAUUCCCCACUUGAAGCAGUCAGGACACGAUGCGAUGAGUGGCGUAAGAUUGCAAGAUGUUCAUUUUUUAGGGCGUGUCAAGCUCACUUCAAAAAUAUGCAUUAGUAUAUACCGCCGAGUUUCGGUUGUAGGCCUCGUGCUGCGUGAAUGGCCUCGCUGAGCGUGGAGCUGAGCUCUUUUCAUCAACAUGGAUUUUGGGUCAGACUGCUUUAUUUCUUCCUUGUAUUCUAAUGGAUAUAACAUCGACAAAAGACCAUAAUUACCGCGUUAUUGGCCAUCCGAAGCGAGCUUGUGUUCCCCAAUGUCCAGACAUGCCUGUCAACUUGUGAGUUGCGAGUAUCAGCUUCACAACAUUGAAUGAUGACCCGGUGCAAACAGAGUGAACAGCUGCAUAACAAGGAAAUGUUGUUCUGUCUCUUCCGUUAGAUUUUUUGUUCUUCUGGGGUUCGUAAAUUGUAAAAAAAAAAAAUUUAAAUUCAGUCACGGGUCGUGACAAGCUCCUGGCUGGCUUACCAGUGCACACUAUAGUUCAGCCUGUAAUGCGUAAUGCUAAGGUGAAUGUGCGAAUUUAUCAACCCUUCAGAACAACAGCACGUAACUUUUGAAGUGUAACGUUUUCCUGUUCGCGAAACCUCUCUUUAUUGUCGAAUUUUCGUAUGCAAGCCUCUAAGCAGAACUGCGCCACGUAAUAAUAGAGUGUACAUAGGUAAACGCAAGCAAUAUGCGCUGUACAAAGGACCCAAAUUAUUUACAGGAUGACACAGAACAUGAUCCUUUUGAUUCUGGUUUGGUGUGGGAACCUGGGCUGUCCCGGCAACAAUGGGUUUCUUGCCGGUCGACUUGGGGUUUGGUGUUACGCGGGC